CCGCCGGCGCCGCGGGGGCCAUGACCGUGGAGCAGAAUGUGCUGCAGCAGAGCGCGGCGCAGAAGCACCAGCAGACAUUUUUGAAUCAGCUGAGAGAAAUUACUGGGAUCAAUGACGCCCAGAUACUACAGCAAGCCUUGAAGGAUAGUAAUGGAAACUUGGAAUUAGCAGUGGCUUUCCUUACUGCAAAGAAUGCCAAGACCCCUCAGCAGGAGGAGACAGCUUACUACCAAACAGCACUUCCUGGCAACGAUAGAUACAUUAGUGUGGGAAGCCAAGCAGAUACAAAUGUGAUUGAUCUCACUGGAGAUGAUAAAGAUGAUCUUCAGAGAGCAAUUGCCUUGAGUUUGGCGGAAUCAAACAGGGCAUUCAGGGAGACUGGAAUAACUGAUGAGGAGCAAGCCAUUAGCAGAGUUCUUGAAGCCAGCAUAGCAGAAAAUAAAGCAUGUUUGAAGAGGACACCUACGGAAGUUUGGAGAGAUUCUCGAAACCCUUAUGAUAGAAAAAGGCAGGACAAAGCUCCUGUUGGUCUAAAGAAUGUUGGCAAUACUUGCUGGUUUAGUGCUGUUAUUCAGUCAUUAUUCAAUCUUUUGGAAUUUAGAAGAUUAGUUCUGAAUUAUAAGCCUCCGUCAAAUGCUCAAGAUUUACCUCGAAACCAAAAGGAGCAUCGGAAUUUGCCUUUUAUGCGGGAGCUGAGGUAUUUGUUUGCACUUCUUGUUGGUACUAAAAGGAAAUAUGUUGAUCCAUCAAGAGCAGUUGAAAUUCUUAAAGAUGCUUUCAAAUCAAAUGACUCCCAGCAGCAAGACGUGAGUGAGUUUACACACAAAUUAUUAGAUUGGUUAGAAGAUGCCUUCCAAAUGAAAGCUGAAGAGGAAACGGAUGAAGAGAAGCCAAAGAACCCCAUGGUAGAGUUGUUCUAUGGAAGAUUCCUAGCUGUGGGAGUACUUGAAGGUAAAAAAUUUGAAAAUACUGAAAUGUUUGGUCAGUACCCACUUCAGGUCAAUGGAUUCAAAGAUCUACAUGAGUGCCUAGAAGCUGCUAUGAUUGAAGGAGAAAUUGAGUCUUUACAUUCAGAGAAUUCAGGAAAAUCAGGCCAAGAGCAUUGGUUUACUGAACUGCCACCCGUGUUAACAUUUGAAUUGUCAAGAUUUGAAUUUAAUCAGGCAUUGGGAAGACCAGAAAAAAUUCACAACAAAUUAGAAUUUCCUCAAGUUUUAUAUCUGGACAGAUACAUGCACAGAAACAGAGAAAUAACAAGAAUUAAGAGGGAAGAGAUCAAGAGACUAAAAGAUUACCUCACAGUAUUACAACAGAGACUAGAAAGAUAUUUAAGCUAUGGUUCGGGUCCCAAACGAUUCCCCCUGGUAGAUGUUCUACAGUACGCGUUGGAAUUUGCCUCAAGUAAACCUGUCUGCACUUCUCCUGUUGAUGAUAUUGAUGCUAGUUCCCCACCUAGUGGUUCCGUACCAUCACAGACGUUACCAAGCACAGCAGAACAACAGGGAACUCCUUCUUCAGAACUGCCAAGCACGUCACCUGCACCAGUAGCUGCCAUUUCAUCGAGAUCUGUAAUACAUAAACCAUUCACGCAGUCUCGGAUACCUCCAGAUUUGCCCAUGCAUCCAGCACCAAGGCACAUAACAGAAGAAGAACUUUCUGUGCUAGAAAGCUGUUUACAUCGCUGGAGGACAGAAAUAGAAAAUGACACCAGAGAUUUGCAGGAAAGCAUAUCCAGAAUCCAUCGAACAAUUGAACUAAUGUACUCUGACAAAUCUAUGAUCCAAGUUCCUUAUCGCUUACAUGCUGUUUUAGUUCAUGAAGGCCAAGCGAAUGCCGGGCACUACUGGGCAUACAUUUUUGAUCAUCGUGAAAACAGGUGGAUGAAGUACAAUGAUAUUGCUGUGACAAAAUCAUCAUGGGAAGAGCUAGUGAGGGACUCUUUUGGUGGUUAUAGAAAUGCCAGUGCAUACUGUUUAAUGUACAUAAAUGAUAAGGCACAAUUCUUAAUACAAGAGGAGUUUAAUAAAGAAACUGGGCAGGCCCUUGUUGGAAUAGAAACAUUACCACCGGAUUUAAGAGAUUUUGUUGAGGAAGACAACCACCAAUUUGAAAAAGAACUAGAAGAAUGGGAUGCACAACUUGCCCAGAAAGCUUUGCAGGAAAAACUUUUAGCAUCUCAGAAAUUGAGGGAGUCAGAAUCUUCUGUAACAACAGCACAAGCAGGAGAACCAGAAUAUCUAGAGCAGCCAUCAAGAAGUGAUUUCUCAAAGCACUUGAAAGAAGAAACUAUUCGAUUAAUUACCAAGGCAUCACAUGAACAUGAAGAUAAAAGUCCUGAAACAGUUUUGCAGUCGAAACCUGAAAAUACCACAAGCCAACCACCUUGUAACCAGCAAGUUGUAGAGGUGGCGAUUCCUCAUGUAGGGAAAUUUAUGAUUGAGUCAAAGGAGGGGGGUUAUGAUGAUGAGAUCAUGAUGACACCGAACAUGCAAGGUAUUAUCAUGGCGAUAGGUAAAUCCAGGAAUGUGUAUGACAGGUGUGGCCCUGAAGCAGGGUUCUUUAAGGCAAUUAAGUUGGAGUAUUCAAGAUUGGUUAAAUUGAGCCAAGAAGAUACCCCACCAGAAACAGAUUAUCGUUUACAUCAUGUAGUGGUCUACUUUAUCCAGAACCAGGCACCAAAGAAAAUCAUUGAGAAAACAUUGCUAGAACAAUUUGGAGAUAGAAAUUUGAGUUUUGAUGAAAGGUGUCACAACAUAAUGAAAGUUGCUCAAGCCAAACUUGAAAUGAUAAAACCUGAAGAAGUAAACUUGGAGGAAUAUGAGGAGUGGCAUCAGGAUUAUAGAAAAUUCAGGGAAACAACCAUGUAUCUCAUAAUUGGGCUAGAAAAUUUUCAAAGAGAAAGUUAUAUAGAUUCCUUGCUGUUCCUUAUCUGUGCUUAUCAGAAUAACAAAGAACUCUUGUCCAAAGGCCAGUACAGAGGACAUGAUGAAGAAUUGUUAUCACAUUAUAGAAGAGAAUGUUUACUAAAAUUAAAUGAGCAAGCUGCAGAACUGUUUGAAUCUGGAGAGGAUCGAGAAGUAAACAAUGGUCUGAUUAUCAUGAAUGAGUUUAUUGUCCCAUUUUUGCCCAUGUUAUUGGUGGAUGAAAUGGAAGAGAAAGAUAUACUUGCUGUAGAAGAUAUGAGAAAUCGAUGGUGUUCCUAUCUUGGACAAGAAAUGGAAUCAAACCUCCAAGAGAAGCUGACAGAUUUUCUGCCAAAACUGCUCGAUUGUUCUACGGAGAUUAAAGGUUUCCACGAGCCACCGAAGUUACCUUCAUAUUCCACGCAUGAACUCUGUGAGCGAUUUGCCCGAAUCAUGUUGUCCCUCAGUCGAACUCCUGCUGAUGGAAGAUAAACUGCACCCACACUUCCCCUAAACACACUGUAUAAACUUUUUUUAGUUCUUAACCCUUGCCUUCCUGUCACAGGGUUUGCUUGUUGCUGCUAUAGUUUUUAACUUUUUUUUAAUUUUAAUAACUGCAAAGACAAAAUGACUGUACAGACUUUAGCCAGACUGCAAACAAUAAAACUGAGAAUCGCAUGGCGCUCAGACUUUGUUUUAACCAAAACUGAUGUAUGAUUACAGAUCUGAUUGAUCUUAUGAUGGCAAAACUAUGCUUUUGCCACCUUUCUGUUACAGUAUUACUUUGCUUUUAUCUUUUCUUUAUCUACAGCUUUCCAUUCGGUCUGGAUCCUUCCAUGACUACAGCCAUUUAAGUGUUCAGCACUGUGUACGAUACAUAACUUGGUAGCUUGUAAAUGAAGUGAAAGAAUAAAGUUUUAUUUAUGGUUACCUACGUGUUUGUAAGCAGGUAUAUUGUAUACUAGUAUAUUAUUUUAGUUAUAUAAAUGAAUUUUGUCUGGGGAUUGUUUAAGAUUGGGUGAUGUAUAGAUUAAUACAAACUUUUAAUUUUGCUCUAAUGUUAGCACGUUGAAAAUGUACUAAGUUUUUGACACUUAAAUAUAUCUAUAUUUUCGACUAAGUUGUUAAACUUAGUGUGGCACCUAAACCUGUUUUGAGUUCAAAUCAGGUUUUCACUAAAGUGAGCGGCUGAUAUUUAAGUCAACCACACUGAAACUUUUAACCUUUUCUUAGAUUAAUCUUUUAUUUUUUUAUGUAUUUACAAAUAAUAUAGCAAGGUGAUUAUUUCAAGAGAUACCAGAAAAAAGCUACUUGAAUAAGGGCUAUUUAAUAGUGAAACUUAUAAGAAAUAUGUAUAUGUAUAUAUACACAUACAUACACACACCUAUACACACACACACACACACACACACAUAUUCUUUAUAUGAAGGACAAUGUUUUGCAUUGUAUAAUCUUUCUAUUUUUGUAAAUUGUAUACCACUUUAAUUGAAAAUGUUCUCUACUAAUCAGUGCUGUGAAAUGAAGUUGAUAUUGUUGAACUAAAAGUUCUGAGUAUCUUACCUGCUUUUAUUUACCUCCUUUUGAAAAAGGAAAAAGCUGUAGAACAUUUUGUAGAUAGAACUGCUGUUUAAGAUUAAUGAAGUAAUAUUGUGAAUGAAAAUCAGUGCUUUAAGGUAAUCAUGUUACCAACAACCUAUUUUUGAAUUUAUAAAAAUUUCUUUAUAAAUGAUUGUUAGCAUAGUAAAAUAUAUCACUAUAUUAUGUGUAUGUUUUGUUAUAGCGUCGCCAAAACUAUUGUUCUUUAUAAGUGCCUCUCACAAAAGAUCCUGGAUGGAGGAGGAGGAAGAAAAUAUUAAGCUAUUAUAUAAUGCUCCUGAUAAACGUAUCGGUGUACUUCUGAGGUACUGAUAAGUACCACUUCUGUUGUAAAGUUAGAUUUUGCAUAAAGCAGCUGUCAGAAUAUGUUUUUGUUUAGAUUUUAAAUUCUCUACUGAGCAGAAUCAGUAUUCUGCAUUGGUUUUCAAGUGCUGUCAAAAAUUUAAAAACUUCAUUCACGUGUGUCAUCAAAAUGUUUGUAAAGUAUCUUCAGUAUUUUAUGAUAUUCUCUCAUAACGGUAAAGUUGUUUGUGUUUAUGUGUGUAAUUGACUGCUGAGACACAAGUGCUCAACCACUUUGUGGAAAUUUCUCCUUUCAAAAGGCACAUCCAGGGAACCAUAUGUGGCUCUUAUGCUGAAGGUAAGUGUAUUAUUAUUAUAUUUACUUUGUACUUAAAAGCCAGUUUAUUCAUUCCUAGUAAUGGAUCUGAAGUACUUAUUUAAAGUGACCUUUUUCAAGACCUGGGGAAACAACUUGUUUUGAUAUCAGCUUUUGAUCUAGUCUGAAGAUUUAGGCCAGUGAAAUUUCCUUACAUUAUUUACUGGUUUAAAUAUAACAUAGCUAGGAAUUUAAAAAUUGAAACUUCAUAGAACUGUUGGCCAUGCAGAUUUCACUUUGAUUUAAAUGACUCUAAUUAUGAUGACUAUAGUAGUGCCUUCCCCUCCACAAAAAUUACAUUUUGAAAUAAUUUAGGGCAGAAUUCAAAUAGAUAGAAAUCAAAGACUUGUAGGAACUUCUUAUAAACACAGUGUUUAGGGAGACUGUAGCCAGAAGUGAACCUAUGAGACCCUGUAAUAACUUUUCAGGUUCAUUAAAAUACAAUAAUGCUAAAUCAGUAGUUCUCAAAAUGUGGUUUCCAGACCAGCAGCUUCAGCAUCAGCUAGAAACAUGUUAGAACUGAAAAUUCUUGAGCCCCACACCAAAACUACAGAUUCAGAAACUCGUCAAGUUUUAACUAGUGUUUUAACAAGUUUCAGCAAGUCCUUCAGAGGAUUCUGAUGUCUGCUCAAGUUUGAGAAGCACGGCCCUAAAGAAGACUAUCAGUAGCAUUUUAAGCACCUAAAAUUGACGCUGUUUUAUUUCCAUUCACUUAUCCCUUGUUUCUUGGAAGCUUUUCAGUAAUUCCCUCACUUGCAAUUUCGAGGAAGCAACUAAAAAUUCUUUUGCUUGGUUUUAGAUUUGUUGAGACUAAGGUGGAUUUUCUCCUCUUGUAUCUGGUUCUCCAGAAGUUCAGUGUCUUGUUUUAUGAUUCAGAAUUGUUGACUUCUGCCUCUGAGUCCUACUGUCGUCCCCAAAAAGUACCAUCACUCACAUGCUUUUGGGGAAUGAGUUGGCAUACCCUUAUGUAGUCUUUUUUUUUUUUUUUAAUUUAUUUAAAAAUGUCAGCUAGGGCUGACGUAACAAAAUACCACAGACUGAGUAGGUGGCUUAAAAAAGAGAAAUUUAUUUCCUCACAGUUCUGGAGGCUGAAAGUCCAAGAUCAAGGUGUUGGCAGUUUAGUUUCUCCUGAGGCCUCUCUCCUUGGCUUGCAGACAGUAGCCUUCUUGCUUUGUCCUCACAUGGCCUUUUCUCUCUGCACUCGUGCAUCUCUGGUAUAAGGACACCAGUCAUACUAGAGUGGGCCCCCACCCUUACGACCUGUUUUAAUCGUAAUUACCUCUUUAAAAACUCUACCUCCAAAUACAGUCACAUUGGGAUAAUGGCUUCAACAUACAAAUUUGGGGGUGGAUAACACAACCAGUCCACGGUAUGUGAUGGGCCACUUUAUAUACCUCCUUUCUGGGCGCAAAAGUAUGAUUGUUAGUGUCUUCCAUUUAGCCUCAAGAUUACAGUGCAAAUAUCCAUACUUCUGCUCUUAACAUCUGCUUUAUUGUUUUCUUUUACUUUAUUCCAAAACUAUAUUAAAGUUACAGUAUACCAAGUUAGAAAUUGCUCGCAAUACAUUCAUCUAAUCAGUUCAGUGUGUUUUCAUUGAACAAAUCUUUGCUGAAUAAAUGACGUAGUCCAUGUUGA